UUUUGGGUGCAACAGGAAACAAGUAUCCAUAUCAGAUGGCGGUAGAUGAACUUCAUAAAGUUGCUUCGCUGUAUUGUCCGUUGGAGAAACUAGAGUGCUUAGUUCGAACGUCGCGCUGCGUCUGUCAGUGUGUUGAGGAUUACUGGGAGACGAAAGGAAAGUCGCGUCACUGCCCAGAGACAGCCAUUGGAUGUGAUGAUUUGUUGCCCAUUCUUAGUUUUGUCAUUAUUCGAAGCGGAAUGGCGCAGCUGAUCUCUGAGUGUGAUGCUAUGGAGGAAUUUAUACCCGAGGGGUAUCUGAUGGGGGAAGAAGGGUACUGCCUCACGACUCUUUUAACAGCCCUUGCGUAUCUGGCCACCCUGAAGCCAACUUGAAAUGACCGGCCUAAUCACCAAGCAAGGAGAAUAUUAGAGAGCGGGAUAUAUAACAUCAUAAGGUUCAAGAUAAAGGUUGGAGCUACAAGCCAUGACGGGCCAAAAAUCAGUUAAAAUUUGACAGCGAGCCACCACACCGAUCUUUUACUUCAAGUUAAUGUGCUCCAUUUAUUUUCGCUCUGAUCGAAACUCACUGAGUUUUUGGCAACAGUUACCCUUGACUUAAAACUAAGGUGACCAGGCAAAAUUGUCGAAGAACUGAUGUUAGAAUUAAUUUAUGACUGUUACAAAAAUCAGAAUAAGGGGCAUUUUUCCACAAUCUGUUAAAAUGAUUAAAAAUGACGUUUCAAAGUUAAAAUGUAAGGAACGUGAAAUUUACUUUUCCCAAUGAAGAUGCCAAUAGUUUUGUAUGUGAUUGAGAAAGUGGAAACAGCAAGGAAUUAAACGUCAACCACAAGUUUUUUUUUUUGUAUUCUGUGGCCCACAAAUAGAAACAACCUCCAAUCAUGCAAAUCUUGUUCGUUUGGCUAGGAAACACCAUUGUUCUCUUCACUGAUGACGUUGGGAAAACGUUCGCGUCAUUUCAAAGGAUUUAACUAAGAACUAAUUUGUUAAUCCUUUUAACUGCCAUAAGUUAUCAACAUUCCAAUAUGUUACCUUGCAAGUAGAUCAUGGGAGCCUAUCAGUUAGAGAGCAUAAUCUUGAUACAACUCCAAAUUCUCUUUGCUACUUUGUAAGGAAUUGUUUGGCAGUUAGUAGGGAGAGUUAUUGAUUGGAUCGUGAGAAUUUAAGGGUGUAGUAAAGUUUGCUGGGCACCGCGACCCCAUCGCCUGCUCGUCGUGUCGAUCACUAUUUGGUUGACAGGAUGAAAUAAGGUAGUGUUUUCUCUCUAACGAAAAAAAAGCGACAAUAUCGAAAUUAAUUCGUGAUAUCCUGUUAAUUAAAUAAGAUUUUGAAUUAGCGAGGAACAAUCUGCAUAAUUGAAUUAUACAAGUGCAAAACUUGACUUGUGAGGUCUUCAAGAACGAACCACACCUGCUGACGUAAAGGAGACAAAACAUAAACAUAGCUUUAGACAUCAAAGCCAUCGAAGUAGUUUUACCCUGUUCAGUUUUACUACGGAGAUUGCAUCCCCAACAGCUAAAUUCUAGAUACUGCAUGAAAAACCAGGAUUUUUGAAUUGAAAUAGAAUCCAACAUCGUUUUAGAAAUAACUUUUCUCGUUACGGCAUACUAUACUUUUGUAUCAUUUGUUAACAACUUAUCCAUCUAGUCAAUUAAGUCAAAAAAGGGCUUUUUCCUAUAAAAACAAGGCGGUCGCACAAUGGCAAUAAAAAUAUAUUUUAAAUCGCCUAAA